GAAUCGUGAAAUCAGGAUAAGUGCCGGAGGUUCCAGUGAACUUUUGACACCAGCUGCUAGCGAAAUAGUCCCUCCGGCGCUAGCCGAAAUAAACGCCAAGCUCGAAAUUCUUCAUUCACUAAAGGCAAACAUUGAUCGACUCUCAGAUCUUCCUGCCAAAGUAGAAGAGCUCCUUGCCCUGAAGCCAUCAGUAGAUGCGAUGAAAGAAACAAUCAGGAGCCUCCAAGAAUCUGUGAAGAAGUAUGAAUCUACCAUGAAACUUGUGACAGAAAACGAUAAAGAAGUUAAACUACUGAGAACCGAAGUUGGAGCACUACAGGCCACCGUGUCUGAGCAAACCGUUAUGAUUGGUCAACUACAAACAAACAUAAACUCGACGGAACAGUAUAGCCGACGAUGCAAUAUGGAAAUACAUGGUAUUUCUUACGCGAAUGAGGAAGACUUGGGGGCCACCAUCAGCGACCUUGCACACAAACUGAACAUCGCCGUUUUUGGCCCCGCCGAGGUGGUAGUCUGUCACCGUUUGCGCUCUAGGCGCGAGGGGGCCCCUCCCAUACUGAUUCAGUUCACCUCGCGACAACUUGACAAGAACAAACAAGGACCUGUUCUGGCAAGCCAGAACCAAAGGCAGGGACAAAUCCUACAAAUGUGUUUGGGUAAAGAACGCUACUAUCUUUGCAAAAAAGGACGAAAACUCGACGGCAGUGCGCAUCUGUAG